AUGGCCAAAAAGUCGCGACUUGGCAAGGGCGCUCCUACCGCGAUAUCAAGCGCCGCGGAAGAAUCCUUGCGCCUGCUGGGGCCGAACGAGUCGCAAGCUCCUGCCAGUCCUCCAGCAACCAGCAUCCCGUCACCCGCGGCAUCCGACGACGAAGACGGAGCGUGGGAUCCCGACACACCCUUGCCACGCUGGCACAGUAGCACCCUCAAGAAGCGCCGUCGCUUUACCUGGUGCAGCAUGUUUCUUCUCCUCUUCCUGGCCGCCGUCGUGGCCGGCACGCUCUACAUCUGGCGCCGCGAGGCCUACCUACAGUCCCCGUGGCUGCCCGACGACGCGACCAACGACUUUGCCCAGGCGCCGCUGCCGCCGCCCUCGGAGCGGCACAGCAUCCUGCAGCGGAAGCUGCCGCUGCGCACGCGCGGCCGCCACAUUGUCGACGCCGCCGGCGACCGGUUCAAGCUGCACUCGGUCAACUGGUAUGGGGCGAGCGACGAGCUCUUCGUGCCGGGCGGGCUCGAGGUGCGGCACCGGACGGCGAUUGCGCAAACGAUCCGGCGACUGGGCUUCAACAGCGUGCGGCUGCCGUACGCCGACGAGCUGGUGCUGACCAACCCCGUCAUCGCGCCGCACCUGGUGCUGGCCAACCCGGACCUGGCGGGCCUGCGGGCGCUCGACGUGCUCGAGGCCGUCGUGGCGGCGCUGACGGACGCGGGGCUGGCCGUCAUCGUCAACAACCACAUCACGACGGCGACGUGGUGCUGCGGCGCCAACCCGUGCGACGCGGGCUGGGCCAACGACCACCUCGGCGGGCUGUGCGCGGUGCGCCAGACGGAGGAGGGCUGGAUCCGCAACUGGGAAACCGUCAUGGCACGCCUCCGCCACGACCCGCUCGUCAUCGCCGUCGACCUGCGCAACGAGGUCCGCGGGCUCUGGGGCACCAUGCCGUGGGCGACGUGGGCCGCCGCCGCGGAGCGCUGCGGCGACCGCCUGCUGGCCAUGAACCCGGACUGGCUCGUCGUGGUCGAGGGCACCGAGUCGGCCAACGACGUGUCGGGCGCGCGCCGCCGUCCGGUCGUGCUGCGCCGCGCGCCCGACAAGCUCGUCUACUCGGCGCACGUCUACGCCUGGUCCGGCUGGGGCAGCUGGGGCGGCCGCUUUGCCCAGCGCGGGUACGCAUCCUUUGUCGGCACCAUGCGCCACAACUGGCUCUGGCUGCUCGAACAGGACGUCGCGCCGGUCUGGGUCGGCGAGCUCGGCGCCGCCCGGCACACGUCCCGCGGCGGGGCACGGUACUGGCGCAACCUGUGGCGCCUGCUCAAGGACGUCGAUGCGGAUUUCGGAUACUGGGCCGUCAACCCGACAAAGGCGUACCAGAGCACGGUCGAAACGUACGCGCUGCUCGAGGCGGACUGGGAGACCCCCGUGCUGGACUAUCGGAUGAAGGACAUGGUGGAGUUGAUGCAGCGAUGA